AUGUGCGGCAAUCCGAACACGCGUCUGCUCUCGCGGCUCAUCAUCGACUUCCUCAUCCUGCUGGGGGUCUAUGGCGCGGCCCUGGUGGUCCUGCCCCAGCAGCUGGCCACCGUCCAGCGGGGCUUUCACUGCAGCGACCCCAGCCUCCGCUACCCCUACCGCCAGCCCUGGCUGACCAAAGUCCACCUCACGAUCGCCGUCGUCGCCCUGCCCGCCGCCUUCGUGCUCGUCGUGGAGAUGCUGCGGGCCGCCUUCGUGCCCAGUGGGGCGGAGCUGAAGCAGCGGUUCGUGUUCGUGGGCGCCCGGAUACCGAGCUUCAUCAGCGAGUGCUACAAGAUCAUCGGCGUGUAUCUGUUCGGCCUGGGGCUGUCCCUGCUGGUCAUCCGGCUGACCAAGUACUCGACCGGACGCCUCCGUCCGUACUUCUUCGACGUGUGCCAGCCCACCUGGGGCGAGGAGGGCGCUGAGAACUGCGCCGAUCCGUCUCUGCCCGGGAACCGCACGUCCCACUACAUCGAGGACUUCAGCUGCACGGAGUUCGCCGCCUCGCAGGACCUGCUCGGCCUGGUGCGCCACUCCUUUCCGAGCGGGUUCGUGACCUCCACCUGGUAUGCCAUGGCAUUCCUGGUCUUCUAUGCCCAGGCCAGGCUCUUCGCUCCCUGGCUGAGACUCCUGCGCUCUACUCUGCAGCUGGCCUGUGGGUCGGCGGCCCUCGUCGUCUGUUGGGAGCGCAUCUCCACCUAUCAGAACCAUCUGUCGGAUGUGGCGGCCGGUGCCGCCUUCGGCGCUCUGCUGGCCUUCUUUGUGACUGUCUUUGUGGCCCAUCUGUUCGAGGAGGUGCGCGUGAAGCGGCGCCAGUGGCCCCGGAACGAGCAGAUCUACGGCUAUGCGGGCUACUACAAUCGGGCUACUUAUGGAUAUUGAUAUUGAUACAUCGAUCGGGAAUAAAACGAUAAUUUUGAUUUGGGUUUUUUAACUGCU